AAUCCGUGAACAUGAGUGUUUUUCACGAUGAAGUAGAAAUAGAAGACUUUAUAUACGACGAGGAAGAGGGUGUUUAUCAUUUUCCUUGCCCUUGUGGAGACAGAUUUGAAAUAACGAAGGAAGAGUUACUCGCUGGGGAGGAAACAGCCACCUGUCCUGGGUGUUCCUUAGUCGUCAAGGUGAUAUACGAUUUGGAGUCUUUCAGAAAGGAGCACGGUGAGAUGAGAAAUCUCGAAGAGGGUCUCAAAAAGAUCGAAGUUGUAAACUAAUAAAAUGAGUGGUAGAGGAAGAGGGGGCCGUGGAGGCCGAGGUGGGGUUACAAAAACCUUCACCAAGGACCAGCUAACUGCCAUGGGUAUCGCGUCUAAUGAAGCGUUACCGGGACCUGUGCUGGAGCCACCACCGCUGUAUCCUCCGUUAAAGAGACGACCAGUACCUCUAGAGCAAUCUUCAGAAAUGGACUAUCUUAUAAUUGUCCGACAGAACUUCAUAGAUCGCAUGCAGUUAUCAGGGUCAUUCCUAAAAUUGCCUGAAAACAAAAAUCAGCCCGAACGAGCUAUCGAUAAACUCGUAGCCCAGCUGCCUAGUGCCAAGGAAAAGUUUGAUUGGAAACGGUUUCCCAAAGAACUGUGGCCUAAGUCGAUGGCAAAAAAAAGCGUCGUGAGUGGUAAACCUGUUAAGGAUGUGAACAUUGAACAAAAGUUGGCUGAACUGGAAAAGCGGGAAGUAAAAUCUGGUGCCGUUAAAAUUGAAAGGAAUGACGAAGAAGACGAAAAUGAAGAAAUGGAGGCUGAUGAGGAAGAAGAUGAAGAAAUGGAUGACGACACUGAUUAUGCAAACAAUUAUUUUGAUAAUGGAGAGAGCUAUGUAGAUGAGGAUGACAACUUAGAUGAUGGUGCUACUUAUUGAUUUAUUUUAUUGAUAAGAAUUAUUGGUAUAAUAAAAGUUACCUAUUUUUUA